CUAUUCUAUAUAGUAUAGAUCUUUGAAAGUAGUAGUAAUGUCUGCCUCUCAAGAAUUGACCCAUCCCUCCAUCAAGGACGGCUGGUUUGCUGAAGUUUCCGACACCAUGUGGCCUGGCCAAGCCAUGUCCUUGAAGGUCGAAAAGGUUUUGCACACCGAAAAGUCCAAGUACCAGGACGUUUUAGUUUUCAAGUCCGAGACGUACGGCAAUGUCUUGGUUUUGGAUAACUGUAUCCAAGUCACUGAACGUGACGAGUUCUCCUACCAAGAGAUGAUCACCCACUUGGCCCUCAACUCUCACCCUAACCCAAAGAAGGCUUUGGUUAUUGGUGGCGGAGACGGUGGUGUCUUGAGAGAAAUCUUGAAGCACGAGUCCAUUGAAGAAGCUUGGUUGUGUGACAUCGACGAAACUGUCAUUGAAGUUUCCAAGAAGUACUUGCCUGAGAUGUCCAAGUCCUACAAUGACCCAAGAACCAAGGUUCACAUUGGUGAUGGUUUCAAGUUCUUGGCUGAGUACAAGAACCAAUUCGAUGUCAUCAUCACCGACUCUUCUGACCCAGAAGGUCCAGCUGAGUCGUUGUUCCAAAAGCCUUACUUCGAGUUGUUGAGCGGUGCUUUAACCGAAAAGGGUGUUAUCACUACCCAAGCUGAAAACAUCUGGUUGCACAUGCCUAUCAUCUCCAAGUUGAAGCAAGACUGUAAGCAGAUUUUUGCUGUGGCUGAGUACGGCUACACCAUGAUUCCAACUUACCCUUCGGGCUCCAUUGGUUUCAUGGUCUGCUCCAAGGAUCCAAACGCUGACGUCACCAAGCCAAUCAGAUUUGACUGGUCCGACGAAUUCGUGUCGAAGAACUUGAAGUACUACAACAAGAGAAUCCACGAAGCUGCCUUCGUCUUGCCUACCUGGGCUGACGAAAUUUUAAACAAGAACAACGCCUGA